UCCGGGAUCCUGAAGCACGGACUCGCGGAGAGGAGCAGCGUCGCUUCCUCGCAGGAUUUAUUUGUUUGUUGAAAGAAUUUCUCUUUUGUCUUUUUUUUCAAAGAAGCUCGCUUUUGAAUGACGACGGCUUGUCCGCACGUCUCUUCUCCGCUCGCCAGGCGUUGCGUGCGUUGGUUUUGUCCUGCAGGCUUUGUGUUUUGGUGGAUCUAGUGCUGGAGAAGGAGGCAGUGCCAGGCGCUGCUGCUGCUGUGGGCUGGACCGGACACGGAUGGGAAAGUGUCAGACUGCAUAACAGAAGGCCAGUUCAGUGAAGACAACCAUGUGGAGACCUGUUACAGCUCUGUUGGAAGACACUUCAAGUCACCUGCCAGUUUGUAUCACCUAAACUAGGGGAAGUUGGGCUACUUUUUAGUUCGGUGGCAAUCAGCGGGAUUAGAUUUCGGGUGUCUGUGCUUGUGGAUGUAUGCAUUUAUCUCUCGGGAAUCUCAUGUGCACAUUCAAACAAAGCACCAUAACCUCACCUGAGCUUGGGAUUUGGAUGAUUGCACCUCUUUCCCUGGAGUACAAUAGUUGAGCGUUCACUUACAGGUGUUUUUUUGGGAAUUGUGAGUUUUCAUUGAAAAGCUUUUAGAUCUGCAGCCAGUACCAGCGACGGCUGAGAACCUCCAGGCAGUAAGUGUUCGGCUGUGAGUGUGUCAUCAGGUGAAAUGGAUGGCCCGCGGUGCAGCGGGAUUCGGAAAAAGCGCAAGUCUCGGUCCGUGCGAGAACGCGAUCGCAUGUCUAACGGGAAAAGGAAUAACCAUGUCCGGGGCUCCGUGCGUCGAUUCUCCUCGGAUUCCGAGAGGGAUGACAGCACCAAUACCCCCUCUUCACGACCAAGGCCACCGAGGAGGAAGAGGAAGGAGUCUACCUCAGCAGAGGAAGACAUCAUUGAUGGAUUCUCUAUAUCAGGAUUUAUAACGUUGGAAGCGCUUGAGAAGGACAUGACGCUGAAGCCCCACGAGCGAAGGCGGAACCAAGCAGGACCUCUGCGCAAGAAGAAACCCAGCAAAGUGCCGAACGGGCUGAGCUUGGACCUACACAAAGACAGGCUCCACCACAACAACCACCAGCACCAUCAUUCUGACCAGGAGAACAACCCUGGCCUGGCCCAUACACACAGCAAGAAGAAAAAACAGAAGAAACACAGACUGCUGAAGCCGGGCCAGAACAACUGUAAGGUCAGUGACAGCGAGAGCGUGAGUGCAGAAUCCAAACCCUCCAUCCGGAGCAGCUCCAGAGUCAGGUUGACAGACUGUGACAGCGAGACUGACCAAGACGACAAGGGCUCAGAUGCCAGCUCAGAGAAACUCUUCAGCACAGCUGCAGUUAAAGUUCCAGAUUUUAGAGUUGACACGCUCUCCACCAAUGCCAGCCAGGAGCUGCGAGGCCUGGGCAUUCCCAAGGUGUCUGGCCUAGAGCGCAGCCAGGAGAAGAGCCAAGAGACCUCCCAGGAUCUCCCUUCGGCCACUCCCUCACCGGUGCCCACCUCCCGUCCCAAACCUCCCCUCCCCGCCCCUCUUCACCUUCAGCCGCCCUCAUCCAACGGGCCGUUACCCUUGCCCAGGAGCCCAGCCCAAACACAGCAUCCUUGCCCGGAGCGCCUGCUUAGACCCCCAACGCCCCCUACCACCCUGCUUCUCGCCCAGAGCAAGGAGACCUCUCAGGCAGCCCCUCCCCAGCCUCAACACCCACUCGAUCCACCAUCUCACCCGCGGCCACCCCCUACCCCAGGCAUCUAUCACCACCCUCCAUCACCAGCGCUACCAGCUCAGCAGAACCCCACUCAACUUCUGCAGCACAGACCACCCUCGAGGUGCCACCCGCGCCCGGUUUCAACCUACAACGGCAACAUAAACCUGAACGGCCUGAGCAGUAGUAGAAGCAGCACUCCAGGAAAGCCCCGUGGGCCCUCUCCAGCCCCUCAUCUGCACCAUCACCAACCUGCCCCCAACGGGGCGGUAGCCUCUUGCCCCCUGCCGGCGAACCCCACGGCCCCACACACCUUCCCCCCCACCCUGCCGUCCUCCACUCUUCCUCAUCACACCAAUAUGUUUGCGUCGCCCGCUGCUCUGCCUCCACCUCCUCCUCUCACCUCAAACGCUCUGCCGGUCCCCGGACACCCAGCUGGCAGUCCCUAUUCAGAACAAGAUCUUCUCCGUCAGGAACUGAACACCCGUUUCCUGGCGUCUCAGAGUGCUGACCGUGGGGCAUCGCUGGGUCCACCCCCAUACCUUCGGACCGAGUUCCACCAGCACCAACACCAGCAUCAACAUCAGCACCAGCACACACACCAACACACACACCAGCACACCUUCACCCCCUUUCCCCACGCCAUCAUGCCCACGCCGGCACCGCCCAUGGUGCGUACCCCAGCAAGAAAUUUUGAUAAAUACCCCACUAAAGUUGACCCCUUCUACAGACACAGCCUGUUCCACUCUUACCCCCCUGCUGUGACCGGCAUUCCCCCCGUCAUCCCACCGACAGGACCCUUCGGAUCUCUGCAGGGAGCGUUUCAGCCCAAGACCUCAAACCCUCUAGACGUGGCAGCCAGAUCCGGAGCUGUCCCACACACACUUCUUCAGAAAGACCCUCGGCUGACGGAUCCGUUCCGGCCGGUUCUCAGGAAACCAGGAAAGUGGUGUGCUAUGCAUGUCCAUAUAGCCUGGCAAAUUUACCACCACCAACAGAAAGUAAAGCAGCAGAUGCACAUCGACCCACACAAGCUGGACUUUGGCUUCAAACCUGAGUUCUUAAGUCGACCCCCAGGUCCCACCUUCUUUGGAGCGAUCCAUCACCCUCAUGAUCUCGCCCGACCUGCAACACUUUUUUCAGCAGCAGGUCCCACGCCUACACCAUUUGGGCACCCUACCCACCAUCCUGGCAACUUUCUCACCCCAGGACCCCACUUAGAGCCCUUCAGCAGACCGUCUUCAUUCGGAGGUCUGGGAUCAUUAAACUCUGCAGCCUUCGGUGGGCUGGGAAACCCAGCACUCACACCAAACUCAGUGUUUGGCCACAAAGACACACCUGGCGUACAGCAGCACUUCAGCGGACCCCACGAGCCGUGGAACAGACUCCACCGCACCCCGCCUUCCUUCCCCACCCCACCUCCUUGGCUCAAACCUGGAGACCCUGAACGCAGCACAUCGGUCAACUCCCAUGAAAGAGAGAGAGACCGAGAAAGAGAGAGAGACAGGGAGAGAGAACGGGACUUGGACAAAAGGGAUUCCUCAGUCAGCAAGGACGAUAAAGAGCGGGAACCCACGGAGAAGAGACACCAGAAUCACCCAUCGCCCAUUCCUGUUAAUCCCCUCAAUCUGUUGGGACAUUCCCGAUCGGCUGAACCCAACAGGAACCACAUCCAGUCCAGCGAGCCCCGGGACAAGGACAAGCCCAAAGAGCGUGAGCGAGAACGCGAGCACUCAGACUGGAAAGACUCAGACGAGCACAAAACAAAGGAGAAUCACCACACUGACAAGGACACGUCUGUCAUCCACGAUGGACGGGUUUCAGAGGACAAGCCGGCCAAUCGGGUGACAGCGCCACCCUACAUGCGGCCCGCUGGCUUAGACAGAGUGAACGGCGGCUUGAAUCGAGACAUUUUGGAGAAGAAGGGUGAGAUCACAUAUGAGAAGAAAAACAGUGAGGUUAAAGUGAAAGAGGAGAGGAAGGAGGAGCAGGACGGUCCUAGGGAAAGAACCCCGGAACAAAGAUCUACACCUCAGGCACCUCCUGCCACCGCACUCCACCCACCCUGUUCCAUGCCGAUGCCCAUGGGCAUGGCCAGCAUGCAUCCCAUAAACAGCAUCAGUAGCCUGGAGAGAACUCGUAUGGUGGCCCCUUUCAUGGGAAUCAGUCCCAUCCCAGGCGCAGAGAGAUUCCCCUACCCCGCCUUUCAUUGGGAUCCCAUGAGGGAUCCUUACCGUGGACUCGACCUCCACCGGAGAGAUCCGUUAGCUCGGGAACUGUUGCUGAGAAACGACUCUCUGCACCGGUUGGCAGCACCCCGGCUUUAUGAAGCGGAACGUUCGUACCGGGACCGCGAGCCGCAUGACUUUAACCGUGACCAUCCUCAUGGACUUAUUUUAGAACAGAGACGAGAACAAGAGAGGGCGCACCUUGAGGAGAGGGAGCGCCUGCACUUGCUCAGAGAGGAUUUCGAACAAGGCCGUCUACAUGCAAUGCAUCACCCCGCACUGGACGGGCACUUCCCUCACCCGGGUCUCAUGGGCCCCGGACUACCCAGCAUGCACUACCCUCGCGUCAGCCCCUCCGCCGCUGCUCAGAACGGAAUCCUAAACAAAACCCCUCCCACCGCUUCACUUAGCGCGCCGCCCCCUCUUAUCCCGUCACUCGGAGCGCGAUCCGCUUCUCCCAGACGGACUACUCCGCUCGGCACUGACAUCAGAGACAGACCCCCUUCGCGCACACACAAAGAUAUCGAGGCACGAUGAGGAUGGACAAAACACACAUGCCCUUUAUUUGUGUAUGAUGGACAAUGGAACUCAAAGCACUUGAUACUGGACUGAGGCUGUAUCAUAUCUGUGUAUAAAUUGUGUGUUUUGUGUGGUUUUUUGUUUUGUACAAACCAUAAAAGACUGAGCAGAAAUUACGAUUUUUCAUUAUCUUUUAUCCGGUUUGCUCCUACAUUGGUGUGUAUUCUUAAACAUGUACAGUACACCGAUCUCGAGCAAGUGGACAAGAUCUUCAACUACGGAAACCCAAACUAAAAUGAUUUUGGAAUGUACAGGUACCUCAAUACGUCACAAAAAGGCAAAACUUGUAGAUAUGUGCAUAGUCUUGUGUGUUUCUCUCCUUAAGGAAAAAAACAAGGUACAAAUAUGCAAAUGGGUGUUAUGAAAGCUUUACUUUGACUAGCUGUACAUAAUGAGCAGUGAUGAACCGGAGAGCGCACAUUUUCACAGACUGGUUUGAGUUUAAUGCUGCAUAUUAAUGGUUUUGAAGGAUCAUAUUGUCCAAGAGACCGCAUCCCAUCUUUCAACUAUGCAACUCAUGCGUGAGCUCUCUAUAUUUCACUCUUUCUGUCUUUCUCUGUCCUGGAGGACAACCAUUCUCCGCUAACCCCUCCCACUUUCCUGAUUCACUCUCUGUGUAUACUGUUAAAGCAACAGUACAUGCUUAAACGUUAACAUGACUGAGAUUGAUUUUAGUCAAGGCUUUCAAUGGUGAUCGUUACUCAAAAAUAGAGUUAAACUGACAGAUUCCCGAAAUCUUGAUACGUUUGUUCUUUAAGCUAAAAAAAUCUGUGUCGACAAUCUUUACAAAUACGCCAAUGUUUCCACACAUACAGUAAAGUAUAAAUACUGUUUGCUUAAAAAUUCAAUCUUACAUCUAGAGACUGUGCAGACAUGGCAAAAUCCCAUCAUGACCCCAUGAUGUCGCGAUACAAGAGUGUGAUGUUUCGAGUAAGGAAAGCUGGACAAUUCCCUAUCGGUCUAAUUGUGUAUUAAAGUGUUAUGUAUCUAUGAAUUGAACAAGCAAGUUGUAAGCUAUGGACAGUUUGUUUUUAAUGAGCAGAGAUCUAUUUUAGUAGUCCAUGGGAGGGUUAGUCGUGCGCUUUUAAACUCUGUGAAAUUCAGAUGUUGUGCAGUGUUUUUUCUUUUGAUUUUCUCUUUGGUUUUCUUAAAAUCAAACAUUAAAAUGUCCACUGAAGCAGUAGUGGGUAGUCAAUACGUAUUGCAAAGAGAUUGUAAGGAACUUUUUUGCUGUUUAUCAUGUACGUAAAAAAAUGAAGUCCUUUCUAGAUCAUGUAAAAAAAAAGGGUGAGGCGACUCAGCAUGCUCCUCAGUUAAACUUGUGUUAUGUAAAUUGUGCCAUGUUAUUAAAAAAUGUGAACUA